UUAACGGUGGGACACCAUUCUCAGCUUUGCCCUUGGUGCCAGGCGUUCCUGAACAGCACACACCACGCCUAGCAAAGGCGCGUUUAUUCCAGAAUAGGUAUUUCCCCCAAAGGGCUGGGAUGGAAAAGCCUUAAGUGAUGACGAACCGCGUGAAUUCACGCCCGUGUGAUGGGCGGUUGUCGCUGGCCGCGCAGAGGUGCCGGGAGGAGGAGCAGGGAGCAUCCCCGGGUGUGUUCCCUUUGGGAGGACUCUCGUCCUGACUCGCUGAAGGUUCCUCUCCCUCUUCCCCCAGCCCCUCAUCCGUGCUCGGCGCGGCAGCCCACCCGGGCGGGCACCCCAUAUCAGCCCUCUCCCGUGCGCCGGGGAAGUUGCUGACAUGCCUGCCGCUGGGUCCCGGUGCACCGGCAGCGGCGGGGAGCCGGAUUUAAAGGGGAAUUGUGCUGCAGACAAUGCACAGCAGCAGCAUCUGGAGCAGCCCUGGGGACCGGAGCUCCGGUUUUGACAUUGCUGCACACACAGAACCAGCCGCAAUGACAGCAGCUGCCUGGAGUGGCUGCAGGCAGCAGGCAGGAGCAUGAAGUAGAGCGAUCACUGCAGUGCUCAAGAUGAACUCCUCUUUGGUUGGCAACCAGAGUGGCCGGCCCUUCUGUCUCCUGGCCAUUAGCUAUUUGGAGACCAUCAAUUUUUGCCUCCUGGAAGUGGUUAUUAUUGUGUUCCUCAUGGUGCUGAUUAUUUCGGGCAACAUUAUUGUGAUAUUUGUCUUUCACUGUGCACCUCUGCUGAACCACCACACCACCAGCUACUUCAUCCAGACUAUGGCGUAUGCUGACCUCCUGGUGGGCGUGAGCUGUCUGGUGCCUUCUUUGUCUCUGCUGCAGUAUCCUAUUGUUUUGAGCGAGUCCUUGGUUUGCCAAAUCUUUGGUUACGUGGUGUCAGUGCUGAAGAGCGUCUCCAUGGCCUCCUUGGCCUGCAUUAGCAUCGACAGAUACAUUGCCAUCACGAAGCCGCUGACCUACAACACGCUGGUCACCCCGUGGAGGCUGCGAAUCUGCAUCCUGACCAUUUGGCUCUACUCCUGCCUGGUCUUCUUACCCUCCUUUCACUGGGGAAAGCCUGGAUACCACGGGGACGUGUUCCAGUGGUGCGCCAAUUCCUGGAACACCGACCCCUAUUUCACCCUGUUCAUUGUGGUGAUGCUCUACGCCCCGGCCGCCUUCAUCGUCUGCUUCACCUACUUCAACAUCUUCCGCAUCUGCCAGCAGCACACCAAGGAGAUCAACGAGAGGCGGGUGCGCUUCAGCUCCCAGGAUGGGGAGGCUGGGGAGGCGCAGCCCUGCCCGGACAAGCGCUAUGCCAUGGUCCUGUUCCGCAUCACCAGUGUCUUCUACAUCCUGUGGCUGCCCUACAUCAUCUAUUUCCUGCUGGAGAGCUCCAACGUCUACAGUAACCGCGUGGCGUCCUUCCUGACCACUUGGCUUGCCAUUAGCAACAGUUUCUGCAACUGUGUCAUUUACAGUCUCUCCAACAGUGUCUUUCAGAAGGGGCUGAAGCGCCUCUCGGGGGCCAUCUGUGCCUCGUGCGCUAGACAGAGGGUAGCCAAGGACUCCUCUACCUCUAGGAGCAAAAGAUCUUCCAAUGGAUGUCACGUCUAGGACACCUGUCAGCUGGACUGGGAAGUGCAGGGACGAUGCCGCAGAUUGUGAAAUAAGUUAGACGGGAUUUUAAGAUGUCCAGAUUUGCAAAAAGGUUUCUGAGAAAUGCUGCUGACACAGAAGAAUCAGGAGCACAUGUCGUUGUGGUUUCACUUUAAAAAAAUGAUUGCUGUGGAGGAGGCUGUGGAGUUUCACCUCCAUAUUCAUUUUAAAGAAUAAAGCUGCAUCUUGACACUUACCUCUCCAGCUGGUGUGACUGAAUGGAGUGGGUGUCUGAGAGCUUCGGCAAAAUGCAGUCUUUCUUACAGCUUUACUGGGUUCUUUGGAGAUUCGUGCUUCACAUGUAAAUGAUAGAGCUGAAGUGGAAAUGUCACAGUCUAUGGUAUAUUACAGGGAUUUUUUUAAUAUAUGCCAAAGUAUAUUGACACAACGUUCCAGCGUCAGAACAGAAGGGGCCAAACAAUUUGUUUUUCAGUGCUACCUAGACAGGACUUGUAGAACAGGAGUGAACAAUGUGAACAUUUCAGUGUGAACUCAGUUUUAAUGAGCUGUGAGUGCAGCGAUGUGAUCUGAGCAGUCGGAGGCUUGGGGCCGAUCUGGGUCCUUGCCCUGUUUCCCUGGUAGGAUGCAUGUUUGGAUCAGAGUGUGGCAUCUGCGUUUUCCUGUUUGUUGUGAAGUAAGAAGAGAAACUUGGAUCAGACCAAAUUUAGCAGUUAAAUAAAAUGUGUUUUGAUAAGCUAUGAGAAAAUACGUGUUGCUUUAUGAUACCAGAGUUGUGGCAGCCACUCAAGGCUGAUGCCAACAUGUGAAAAUUAUUCUCAAACCAGUGGAGAAAUGCCACGGGUUUGUAUGUGGAAAUUUUCUCAAGAACAACUUUAAAAAUAACACGUCCCUUUUUUUUUUUUAAAUCUAAAUUCUUCUGAUAUUUUACAUACUAGAACUUAAGGGGAAAGGAAAGAAAACAAUUGUCUUCUAAACAGCUAAGGGAACUAUGUUGUAAAUUUAACUGUAGUAUUUGAGUUAUUCAUAAGUGCACAGAGCUAAAUCAGAGACAUUUUUCUUUAGCCUUCAUGGGAUUAAAGAUGGUUCAAAUAUAGCAGGAGCUAAAUCCUGUUGGCAAACACAUAUCUGACUGGUCAGACAAAGGCAAUAUCUGAGAAACCAAAUCUCACUGGCCACAUUGUUCGAGCUAGCCUAGAUUAAAUGUUUGGAGUGCUGGAAAGCUGUUAAGAAGGCAGUGUGGCAGAAUUGUUGAGUUUUUCCUAAAGAAUAUCCUUGUCUUCUUUCUGAUGCCAUUUUGGAAAAUGGAAGCGAACCAAGUGUUCCUGUAACAGUGGGUUAGGUUGUAUUGUCCUGUGUCAGCCUGUCCCUCCACCACACCUGCUCUGAGGGCAGGUUGGGCAUCCCUGUGUUUAUCCCUCCUUGGUGCUGUGAGCUCAGGGAAUUCCCUGUGCUGCUCUGGUACAGCUGGUGUGUGCUGUUAGUCACAGUGGGAACGAAGAAAGCUUAGGGAAAAGGAUCAUUUUAGAAUUUGGGGGGAUUCUCUUGGCCAGAGGGAAGACUCUCUGUUUUUGUUAAAUGGUGUCAGGCUGUCUGUUGUUCUAGAUCAGGAUCAUCUUUUCAGUGUUCUCCCUGUCCCUCCAGCAAACCCCCCCCUCCUCUCUGCUCUGCUGGGAGCCCUUUGCCCUGGAGGAUCCCAGCCCGUGUCUCUGCCUGUCACAUGCCAGGAUUGCUGCAGUCCCUGCUGCCCAUCCACAUUUGCUCCAGAACAGUCUCCUGGGGCUGCCAGUGAGGAAACAGGGAAGGGCAGAGAGAGCAGCAGGAUGGAGCACUCCUGGCACAGCACAGCCUGUGCUUGUGAGCACUCAGUGCUGAUACACUUGGUUCCUCUCCGGGGUGAGUGUGUCCCUGUUCUGGGGAGGAUGGGGCACAACCCCUGCUGCUGCCGCUGCCACCUUCCCGUGGGGACCCCAGCGGCAAAGCAUUGAACCUGUACCUUGAUCUGCUCCCAGCAUAUUCCAUCCCCAGCCCAAACCUCUCCAGAUAAAUUCCUCCUCAGCUAAUCUGAAAUUUUCAGAACCCAGGCUGUGUAAACCCUGUUGCCUUCCCGUGGCAUCUCCUGUUGUCCUCUGUAGUAAGACAGAGUCUGGAGCCGGGGCUCGUGCCGAGUCCUCCAGACAUGGCAGAGCUGAAUUGUUCUGCAGAGCUCUCGCAGUCUGAGUUUUGGUUAGACACAGACAGCCGUGGGGGGAGUGCAGGGGUGUAGUGAGUCAUUUCUGAGGGGUAUAAUAAGCUCCCAGCACAUCAGCUGGCUCAUUGUUCUCCAGCGGUUUGUGGGUAUUGUGGCAAAGGUGGGCUUUGGGGAACAAUUUAAGGGCUUUAGUCACUAAUAUCAAAGUGUGUGUGUGUGUGUGUGUGUGUGUGGUAUUUUUGGAACAGCCUCUCAGGUAAACUCCCAAUAGCUUUUUUCUCUGCUCUUCACCUUAUCUAACAUUUCCAAGUCUUUGAAGUGAUGCAACGUAUCAUUGAAAUAGCAUUUGAUUAAAACUUAAUGGAAGAGAAGAAUCUGCUGGGGCCUGAGACCCCAGAAAUGGCAGUUUCAGGUUUAAGUGGAAGCAAAGGUUAUUGCUUCUGGUUUUUUUUUUUCAUGAAUAGAGGGUUUACAUAGUAUCAUUGUGUGCUAGUUUUGGAGAAUUUGGAAAAUUUUUAAAACUGGUAAGGGGUCUAAAUCGUGGCAUAGAGGUUUAAUUACUCCAGCUCUGAGCCUGGAAUUGUGCUUGGAGCGCAGUGGCUGUUCCAGAUGCAGAUCCAUGCCUGCAGCUGUUGCUGCUCUGCAGCUAAGGCUCAGUUCUACAUUCCUGACAGCCAGGCUGUUUUCAGUUGCCUUACUCAUCUCCAAGUCUUCCUCAGCUCAGAUAAUCUCUGGGAGAGGUGAAAAUCAGAAUCUAAAAGUCUCCAAGAGAUGAGGAUGGAGAGGAGUUGCAGCCCAUUGGUGCAUUCAGGUUUCAUCCAGUGUUUGUACAGACACUUCUAGUGUUGCCUCAGUAGCUUAUUUUUAGGUUCAAGUAUUUAUCUUUUUGUCUCUGUUAAUUUAUUGAUUUUUUUCCUUAAUUUAAAUUACGAGUUUUUUUUUUUUUCCUCGAAGUUAAUUUAAUGUUGAUGUAGGUUUGUUUGUGAUUAGAUGUUUUAAGUAUUCGUACCAUUAGAGCCUGUUGUCUUCAGUGGAACUGCAGGGGUGACUCCUGUUCACUGUGCCAACUGGAAGGAAUAAUUUUGCCAUCCAUUCCCUUGUUUGCUCAGCAGCUCGUUGGACACCCUUUGUCGUGCAGCUCACACGAGGCACAGCGGUCCUUCCCAUCACAGGCUGUGCUGGGAACUGUCAGGCAGCAAACUUUGCAGUUGGCUCCUUUUCAUCCUUGUACACAUGAAACUAAUCCUUCCCUGGCCCGGUCUGUGUCCGAGGGUGCUGGAGAGCCCUGCACAGAUAAAUGCCACUCUGAGGAGAGCACAGAAAUCAAAUUACGGCUUCGCGAAAAUUGGGUUGUGAUGUGAUUAAAUGAACUAAUUUUGAAGUUCCAUCUCAGACUAUAAACUGAUUUUUUUAUUAGGGUUAUCUGCCUCGCUCUCAAAUUAAGCUGCUGGAAGGUUCAAUUUGCAGGACGCAAUUCAGUGGCUUUUUUUAGUGCCAUGGGAAGGAUUUCAAUGCUCACAACUUCUCAGAAGGUGAUAAUUUGCUUCAUCUAGAACACUGUAUUCGUUUUAAGGAUUACUGGAAGUUUGGGUUGUGAUUAUUUUGUCAUUUUCCAAAUAGACUGGGAGAAUAUCUGGGAAAUACUAUUUUUUUAUGAUCUCAAUCAAGUGACAGUAUUUUUAAACUCAACAGAUAUGUUUUAUGUAAAACAGCAGUUUUGCUGUUAUCUACUGCUAGUUGCUUUUCUUUUUUUUUAUUAAAUGUUACCAGUUUCUUCAGUCUUGAUUUGUUGUUGGGGAUUCUGUACUUGUUUUUAAGCUUCUCAUGGCUCAGAAAUGUGUUACUUCUGGUUGGAAUUGUGACGUGGCUCGGUGUCAGUGCCAAGGGGCAGUCCUGGAUGUUCCUCACAAGUCUUUGACAGGAAGAAAGUGGUACAAAGUGCUAAGGCACAGAGAAUGACAAUCCCCAAACUGCACCCCUGGGGCAUUGUCCCUGCCCUCUCACAGAAAGGUUUUACGUGUAAGAAUCCUAAAUUUCAGCGGUUUGUUGGGAAAAAGGCACUUGCAAGGCCUGAAUGUGACGCGAGAUGGAAACAUUCGGUGUGUGAAUUGAAUAUGCAGGGUUUUUGUUUGCUAUUUAUUGUGGUGUUCCCAACUGCUGCAGUGAGCAAGGAUGUAACUCCAUGAGUUGGGAAGUCUGAAGUGUUUCAGUCUCAUCUUCCUUCACAUCAGGGAUGGAAGUUGACAGAACUUUUCCUAAUUGAGGUCGAUGCUUUAAAAAAAUGUUUCCUAGGAACCAACCAGUGUGUGAGUACAGGAAUCUGCCUUGAGCCAUUGCAAACAGAAGGCCCAUUUAUCAUUAUUCUGAUUACUUGAUUCAUCCCCUGUAGGUAACUUUAGCUUAAUAAGAGGAGGUGGUGGUUUUGGAGGGCUUUUGUUGUAGUUUUAACGCCUUUUUGGUGCUGAGUACUCGAAGCACCUGCUGAAACAUUGUCCUGGCUUGGCCCUUACUUUGUUGCUUGGUUUAGAAAUGUUUUUCUUCCCUUCCAGGACUUUGCAGAAUACAAUUGCACAUCCUUCCCAUGGUGUCAUUCAGGGUAAACUUGGAUUUUAAUCCACAUUUAUCCAAACAUUGUCUUUAACAUUCUUUGCCAGAUGAAUGCUGUGGUGUGGGGGGGGCUGUGGUCAGCUCAGACCCUUGGGCCAUCAGGUUUUACAGACUGUCUCCAUGAAAGCAAACAGCCCCUCUUUUAGGCUGAUGAAAACAACCUAAUUUCACUGGAAGAGAAGUGUCCUCCUGGCUUGUAGAGGUCAGUGUCUCAGUUCCAGUUGUUCUUUCCCUUCCUGUCUGUGCAUUGCAGAGGUACCACUUUAAAAGACAUUUCUGCAGAUAAGCAAGGGCAUUUAAUACUAAAGUUACGUAUGUGAAAUGCCUUUGGAAGAGGGCAGCACUUCAGAAUUAAAAUCCAGUAAGUUUAGGGCCAGGUGCAGUUGCAUCUAGAGAAAGAAACUGAAAGUUGUCCCCAGGUGAAACAAAGAAAGGAAACCCACUGGAGUUCAGUCAAA